AUGAAGAACUGGUCGGUGCUCGUUGCGGUAGUGAUUCUUUUCUGCGCCGUCUCCCCUUCCCAAAGUUGCGAGGUGGAAGGCCGCUGGACUGCAAGACAACGUAGCCUCUUCUACAACCUCGACCUUACCAUGUCGCUUCACCCCAACUCAUCCUACACAGCUGAGGCCACGAUCGGCUACACGAUGGGUUCGUGCAAGUGCCAGGUGCGGGAAGAAGGAGCCUUUGAGGUGGAUGAGCUGCCCAGCAGUAUUCUCUUCAAUACCCAGUUUUGCCAGGCCUCCAGCUGCUGCCACUGCACUGCUCACACGAAGCCCUAUCCGCUCACGUUCAUCAACACCUGCGACACCAUUCAUGUAGACAUAGGCUUUGGGGUUGUGGAGCUUCACCGGCUGCAAUGA